CAUAGCAACUGACAACAUUAGCUAACCUAGCGCUAGCAAGUGGCUGACGCUAGUUAACGUCGGUGUUUUGUAACUCCAAAAUAGUCACCUUAAGAUGUCCUCGGCUAGCUGUGCAAAAGAUGCUUUGCAGCAGCUCAGCCAGUUUUGGUCCAUGCUGGACGAGCUUUCUCAAAGUGACCCUGCGGCCUACCGCAAGUUCAUUCAGAAACAGAUGAAGGAAGGCACGGACUUCAGCGCACCGCCCAAGCUCGUCUCUUGUAUUUGCGCUGAAAUGCUGGAGCCUAGGAAAGGUUUGCUGUAUAUCAACAUAUGCAGCUGGAAACGUGUGCCUGCACCUCAGGAUCCCAGCAAACCACUGCCUUUGUGCGCAGGAACACUGGAAACAGACACACAUGAAGGUCAAGGCUUGUACACUGUGUUGGAUGUAGCAUUAAACCCUGCUGUGCUACAGGAAAAGAAGGAGGACAACACAGAGCUUAACCAGGUCUAUAUGAUGGCUAUGAGCUUUGCCUGUCAGAAGCAUGGAAUCAGGUUGUCUCAGCAGUACACUGUUGUUAGCCAUAACCCAAAAAGUAGCCUAGAUGACAUGCACCGUCGACUUGGAUAUCGGCGGUGGCCUGACACCUCCAGACAACCUGACACAGCCAGUGAAAGCCCAGCUGCCCUCCUGCAGCACAUCUCCUCUCUACGUACAGAGAAACAAAAUGAGGAGCUGGCAGCCCAAAUUAUUUGUGGACCUGCAGAGCACAAAAAGAAGAAUUUGAUCCAGGUCAUCUCCAGCACUUUUCAGCAGCCUCAGAAGCCUGAGUACCAACUUGAGGUGAAGACUAAUGCAGAAGGAAGUCCUUGCAGUGUGGAGCUUACAGUGGAGUUGCCAAAGGUUUGCUCCAUAUCAGAGUGCCAGCUGAAAAUCUCCAAGGAUGAUGUCUUACUGGAAGUGGAGGGUGUUUACUAUUUACUUCUGGAGUUUCCAAAUGCUGUAAAUGAAGACACUGCCUCUGCCAUCUUUAACAAAAAGAAACGAAGGCUGUCUUUGUGUGUGGCUGUUUUGUGACCAUUUGCCUUAAUAGAAAAAAACACACCUACACAGAGGUGAGGAGUCCUGCUGGAAAUUGGGCUCAGAAACUGUGAAGUAAGGGGGUAAAAUUCUGACAAAUAACCCAAACAAAUUAGAUUCCCACUGUGCACUCUAACAAGCCUGGAGAACACAUUAUACUGUAAACUAUUAAACCUCAGCAAUAAUAAACAACUCUUCUGUAAACUGAUCCAUUAUCAAAACUAAAAUGUUUUCCUGAAGCAAGAUGGUCACUGUGUGGGUUGAUGAGCUGCAGCAAAUUUGACGCAAAAAAUUAAUUGACUUUAAUGACAGUCUGUGUGUUUUGUUUAUUA